AUGACUGCAAUAAAAAUCAGGGUCGGGGCUGUUCCACGUGGGAAGUCCACUCCUCUUUUUCUAGACUUAUUUUGCCGCAGUCUUAUUAUCCUGUGUACAUUUCUGUCUGUCAUCCUCUCGUCUAUUGCGGUGUGUGAUGGUCACUGGCUGCUCGCCGGCCGCCGUAUGUUCGGCCUGUGGUAUUUCUGCUCACUGGAGGAGCAGCAGGGCUCUGUGUUGGGGUCCCAAAGUUUUAAAGCAUCCUCUAACUGCACUAGACAUCUGGAGGAGGCAGGGGUGGAUGGUCUGGGCGUGGGCUUGGCGGUGUGUCGUUCUGUGAUUACUCUGGCUCUGGUCAGUGCCAUAUUCGGACUGGAGUUGCUUGUGAUGUCACAGGCCAGCGAAGGGAGGGACUCCAGUCAACGCUGGACCCUCGGGGCACGGCUGGUGCUGCUGGCGGGGGUAAUGGCUGCCGGAGGAGUUGCAAUUUUUGUACUCCUGUUAGGGGCAUUUGCAACGCUCCUUGGGUUUACUCUCACCUUCUGGUGCCAGUUCACCGCCACCUUCCUGUUCUUCCUCAAUGGAAUGGCAGCACGGCACAUCCAGUAUAUUGAACCGCUGUUGCCCUUUAGUGGACAUCCUGACAAACUGUAGAAA